UCAUAAUUCCAUCACUUAUCAAUAAAAAUACUAAGAGGCAUCACUAAAAGGCCCAUAAACCUUAACAAUGCAUUUACAUAUAAGAAUAAAAUGGAAGGCCUCUGUACGCAGAUAUUUGAUGCAGGCUUGAGUCAGCACAUGCAGAGAACGGCUGAGGUCGAAUGCUUUUUUGCCUGCUACCAUAAAGCCGUGGCAGACAAUCAGCAGAGAGCAGCGCAGAUAGUAGCUGACUUUGAAAGUUCCAGGAGGCAGAAGGUUGUGAAAAUGAAGAAAAUCACAGAUGAUGGGCUGCUUGAAGAUCACAUCAGUAUCUGCAAAGAAGAGCUGAACCAGCUCUCUGAAACACUCAUGAGCCUGGAAUUGGAGCUAGUGGAACAACUGGAGGACAUCAUCAAAGACUUUGAUAGGAAUAUAUCGGAGAUGGUUGUAGGCUUCAUUGAAUAUGUGCAAGGCAUAUUUGCACAAUUCCGAGACCUGGAGAACGAACACCAUGAAAAACAACUGGAGAUCGCCUUGGCAACACUGGAGAAGGUGGCCAAAAAUGAGCUAGAAGAAGAAAUGCCUGAUGAUGUGCUCAUGCUUUUUGUAGAUAAGGACACAGUGACCAAUGCGGUUAGUGCUUCCCAUGACACCCACCUGCUGAAGAUUGACAACAGAGAAGAUGAGCUUCUGACACAGAUCAACAGCUGGAGCAGUGGCCUGCAAAAAACGAUAAAUAAUGAGGAGCUGAUACGGAAUCGCAAACGCAUCUCGGAGAUCCGUUCAUAUCUUAGUUAUGGGAAGAACCAGCUGGAGGACAUGCAGUUUUCUGAAAACCAACAAGAUGCUUCUUAAGUCAGAUUGUUAAUAUAGUACAUGUCUGGAGAAGCAUGGUCAAGUUUGUAUUUUCUUUUUACAAAAAAAUGUAUGAAAUGUAUCCUACUGUACAGUAGUUACAAAUGUAUCCUUGUGUUUAUUCUCCUGUACAAUGCUGCCACCUACAGAGUAGUGACGAUGUUACAGCAAUCGAUCUGUACAUACAAGGGCAUUUUAAAUGGGGUGUGUUGGCAUCUAUAAAUAUAUGCUUUUUUAUUUUGUAAAUAUUAUAUGAAAUAUAUAGUUUAGCAGCAUACUGAUAAUAUCCAAGAGAACACAUAAACAACCCUGGUUCUCUGCUAAUUUUGUGCUCUGCGUACUU